AUGUUGGAGCAUAAAUUUGAGCAUGAUGGGGAACCUCUCACUUGGGAUAAAUUUCGAAAAGCAUUCUAUGAUAAAUAUUUUUCUCGGAGUGUAAGGAUACAGAAGGAACAAGAAUUUAUCCAUUUGAAGCAAAGGGGCAUGACAGUGGCCGAAUAUGAAGCCAAAUUCACAGAACUAGCCAAAUUUGUUCCGAAAUUGGUAGAGGAUGAGCAAGACCGAGUGCACAAGUUUGAGAUGGGAUUGAAGACUGAAAUUAGGAAGCAAGUGGUACCCUAUGAGUUGACUACCUACGCAGCUGUGGUGAAUAAAGCUUUAAUCAUUGAAAGGGAAGUCAACGAAGCUUUUGCUGAAAGGGAAAGAAACCAAAAGAAAAGAAACAGACCUGCUGAAUUUAAAGGGGGAAACAAGAAUUUCAAGAAUCCAGCUCAGAAGCCAAAUAAAGAUAGAAAUCUCAAAAAUGAGAGUGGAAAGUAUUCAAGAUGUGGCGGUAAUCAUGAAUUUGCAAAUUAUCCCUGGGUUACAUGUUCUUGUUUUUAUUGCGGACAGAAAGGUCAUAAAAUUGCAGACUGCCCACAAAGUAACGAGAAUAAAUCUACGCAGGCAAUGGAAGGAAGCCAGAGGCCAAAGACUCAAGGAAGGCUAUUUGCACUUAUACAGCAAGAUGUACAAGCUUCUAAUGCAGUGGUGACAGGUACUAUUCCUGUAUCUGAUUUUAUGCUUAUGUCUUAUUUGAUCCUGGUGCCACACAUUCAUUCAUAUCCUCAAACUUUGUCAAAACACAUGACAUAUUGUGUGAAUCCAUGA